AGCGGGGUGCGAAGAUGGCGGACGAGGAGGCCGAGCAGGAGAGCCGUAGCCUAGGUGGCGACCUCCUGGAGCUGCGGCGCUUGCGAGAGCGACUAGUGGAGCUAGAGACGCGGCUGCGGGAGAGCCCUGAGCCGGCCGUGCAAGCGGCUACCGAGUACUGCAAGCAGCUCUGCCAGACUUUGCUGGAAUAUGCAGAGAAGUGGAAAACCUCUGAAGACCCCCUGCCCCUGCUCGAGGUGUACACUGUGGCCAUCCGAAGUUGCGUCCAGGCGCGCCCGUACCUUACCUCCGAGUGUGAAAACGUAGCCUUCGUGCUCGAGCGGUUAGCACUAAGCUGUAUCGAACUUCUGCUGUGUCUGCCUCUUGAUUUGCCUGAAACUAAGUGGGAAGAAUUUCAGGCUUUUGUCCAGGUGGCACAUAAAAACUUGAUGGAAAAUGGCAGCUGUGAACUGCAUAUUUUAACUACACUUACACAAGAGAAGGGAGUGUGGAAGAACCCAGUGCUGUGCAGUAUUCUUUCCCAGGAACAGUUGGAUCCAGAAAAAGUGAAUGAAUUUUUAGUGUUUGAAGGUCCUGUCCUGCUGGAUAUGCGCAUUAAGCACCUAAUGAAAACAAAGCAAUUAACUCAAGCUACUGCCCUGGCAAAACUGUGCUCUGACCAUCCAGAAAUCAGUGCAAAAGGCAAUUUCAAGCAAACCUACCUGGUCUGUCUUUGCUCAGGAUCACCAAAUGAAAAGCUAAUGGAAGAAAUAGCAGAAGUAGAUUGCAAAGAUGCUCUAGAAAUGAUCUGUAACCUAGAGUCUGAUGGAGAUGAAAAAACUGCUCUGAUUCUGUGCGCGGCGUUCUUGUCUCGCCAGCUGCAGCAAGGAGAGAUGUACUGUGCCUGGGAACUGACUCUUUUCUGGAGCAAACUGCAGCAGAGGGUAGAGCCUUCUAUUCAAGUGUAUCUAGAGAGAUGCCGGCAGCUUUCUGUGUUAACCAAGACUGUUUAUCACAUUUUCUUCCUGAUUAAAGUAAUUAAUUCAGAGAUCGACGGUGCUGGACUCGCGACCUGCAUUGAACUGUGCGUGAAGGCCUUGCGCUUGGAGUCCAGCGAGAACACGGAUGUGAAGAUCUCCAUUUGCAAGACUAUCUCCUGCUUGCUUCCCGACGAUCUGGAAGUCAAACGUGCUUGUCAGCUGAGUGAGUUUCUCCUCGAACCCACCGUGGAUGCAUACUACGCUGUGGAAAUGCUCUAUAAUCAGCCUGACCAGAAGUACGAUGAAGAGAAUCUUCCAAUACCAAAUUCUUUGCGCUGUGAACUCUUACUUGUACUGAAAACUCAGUGGCCUUUUGAUCCGGAAUUCUGGGACUGGAAGACUCUCAAGCGUCAGUGUCUGGCACUUAUGGGAGAGGAGGCAUCCAUUGUGUCAUCGAUAGACGAACUGAAUGAUAGUGAAGUCUAUGAGAAGGUCGACGACUGCGAAGAAGAGACUAAAGAGACUUCUGUGAAUGGGCUUGCUGGCACUUUAGAUGAAGCUACGAGCCUGCUUAGGGGGCUUAACGAUGAGAAACAGAAAAAGAGAGAAAUUAAAAAGCUCAGAGAGAGGGGGUUCAUAUCAGCUAGGUUUAGGAACUGGCAAGCUUAUAUGCAGUAUUGCGUGCUGUGCGACAAAGAGUUCUUAGGGCACCGAAUAGUCCGGCACGCACAAAAACAUUACAAAGACGGGAUUUACAGUUGCCCUAUUUGUGCCCAAAAUUUUAACUCUAAAGAAAGCUUUGUUCCCCAUGUAACCUUGCACGUUAAAAAAUCCAGCAAAGAGAGGCUGGCUGCUAUGAAACCUCUGAGGAGAUUGGGAAGACCUCCUAAAAUAGUAACUGCUAACGAGAGUCAGAAAACCCAAUCGGUAUCCAAACUGGAGCAGCGCCCCAUUAAGAAGAACAGCCUCUAUACGACAGACUUCAUUGUCUUUAAUGACAACGACGGCUCAGAUGAUGAAAACGAUGACAAAGAUAAACCCUACAUACCCGAGAUAGUGCCAGUCCAGAAGCCACUUCCUCUCAACGAGUUCACCUGCCCAGUAACCUUCUGUAAAAAAGGCUUUAAGUACUUCAAAAAUCUCAUAGCGCACGCAAAGGGCCACAAAGACAGCGAAGAAGCCAAGCGCUUCCUUGAAAUGCAGAGCAAAAAAGUCAUCUGCCAGUACUGUAGGCGGCACUUUGUAAGUGUUACUCACCUGAAUGAUCAUUUGCAAAUGCACUGUGGCAGCAAGCCCUACAUCUGCAUACAGAUGAAGUGUAAGGCUGGGUUUAACAGUUACGCCGAGCUGCUGAUGCACCGGAAAGAGCAUCAGGUCUUCCGAGCCAAGUGUAUGUUCCCUAAAUGUGGCAGAGUGUUCUCCGAGGCCUAUUUGCUCUACGAUCACGAAGCACAACACUAUAAUACCUAUACCUGCAAAGUGCCAGGCUGUGGAAAGGUUUACCGCUCUCAGAACGAACUGGAAAAGCACAUCGAGGACCACAACAAGCAGCAGCCUGAAAAAGUGCAGCAGCCAGAGUGCCAGACUGAUCAGCCUGAUCUCAGUCAACCUUCUAAAGAUACUGAGAACACUGACGGAGUUGCUGUUAAGGAGGAAUUGACAUCUCCUCUGGCUGACGACCAAAGCAGUUUUACUGAAGGAGAAAAUAUUGUCUGGAAUCAAGUCAAAGCAGAGCCAGUAGGGAAUGAAAGUGUAAGCGCAUCAGUGAGUAUACUGGAGCAAAGUGAUUCCUUGCCUAGUGUUGCUUCGGAGCAGUCUUCUGCAGAUUCAGUGAAGACAGAAGUGGCAAUUCCAGCAAGCAGCAUGAAGGUGACUACAGUUAACCAGAAAAUCCUAGAUAGCUUGGCAAAAAGAGGUAAAUUGCCUGCUACUGACAUUCAGGUAGAUCCUACUAAACCUGGAGCCCAGCUGUUGUGCUCAUCGGUUGACUCUUGUCUUCCAGUUUUCCAAGAGAGAAAGGAAGAAGACCACCUCAGUCAGAGUAUUCAGAAUGUGCCUGCCACCUCAGACACUCUCAAACCACAAGCCCUCGAAUCAAAAAGCUUAGAAAGACAAGUGAGCAUUGUAAAUCCAUUCAACCUGCAGAACCAGGCAGGCUAUCGAAACAGUGUACCCAUCCCCAAACUUGACCUUGAGGACAGUAUUAAGGCUGCAGCUAACCUCUAUAACCUGCCUUUAAAAACAUUAGAAAGUAUUACCUUUGUUCCUUCGCAGCCCAACAUCAAUAACUCCAUAGCUCCAGCCGUGCCGCCACCAGCACCCCCCAUCCAGAAGUUUAACUGCCAGGUCGAGGGCUGUACUCGAACCUACAACUCUUCGCAGAGCAUUGGCAAACACAUGAAGGCAGCACACCCUGACCACUACGCCGCUUUUAAACUGCAGCGGAGAAACAAGAAACCCCGCAAAUCUGGCAGCCUGCAGCACAUGCCUGGCGACGGGAAGAUCGUCUACCUCGCACUGUCGCAAGUGGGCAACCCCAGCGCUGCCGCUUUUACCGCGCAGAGCAAACCCGCUUUGAAUCCCGCCUGUUCCAGUCAGGUCCAACACGUCCCGAGUACACUUUUCCCAACCCACCUUGAAAACGUGGCCAAUCCUAUGUUGCCUGUAGUAGACAGCGUCAUAAGCCCGAGUUUGUCUGCUCGUAUUAAAAGCGAGCCCGAGAGUGUUUUGUGUUCACAGAUGGAAAAUCUGUCUGGUGCAGCUUUGCCUUCCCAGUUGGAUGACCUGGCAAAAACAGUUAUGCCUCUGAAUAUCGACGGCAAUUCAGACCCUUUUCUUCCUUUGCCCGCAGAGAAUGGCCCUCUCUCUCUCUUCCCUUCGUCGGCAGAGAACCCUCCGAAUUCAGUCUUCUCACAGGUGGAAAAUCACACAAACAGCUUUUCAUCGCAAUUAGAAGGAAACACUAGUUCUGCCUUCCCAAAAGAGGAAACUGUUGAUCAAAUAUUUCCCUCACGACUGAGUGCCGAAAAUACCUUCAGUGAAACCACUUUGCAACACCCAGCUUCAGAAAAGAUCAGAAGAGAUCACUGCCAGGGCCCGAACGGCAAAGAGAGGAAGCCAAAGCAUAACAAGCGGGCCAAGUGGCCAGCAAUAAUUAGGGAUGGCAAAUUUAUCUGUAGCAGAUGUUUCAGAGUUUUUACUAAUCCUAGAUCACUUGGUGGUCACUUAUCCAAGAGGUCUUACUGUAAGCCUCUCGAUGGAUCAGAAAUUUCUCCGGAAGCUUUGCAGGCUAACGGACAGUCUUUGCUUGCCAGUAUGAUCCUUUCCUCAAACCCACUAAACCUGCAUCCACCCCAGGAGUCCGCUUUCAAUCCAGAGAUGUAUUUUAAAGAUCCAUCGUUCCUCCAGUUGCUUGCAGCUGAAAAUCGCUCCACGGCCUUACUGCAGACUAUGUUUCCACGGGUCAGCAUGGCUAACUUUAACACCGGUGGGAACGAGGAAGGAAAUCAAAUCAUAAAGCAAGCCUUGGAAACUGCAGGGAUCCCCAGUACCUUUGAUAACCCAGAAAUACUUCCACAUGUAGUUGCGGGUCGCGUCGCUGGUACAGCUCAGAUCAAUGCAGCUCUCCUCCCUAACUCAACCACAUCCCCUCUCCUGCAGACAGUCUGUAACCCCAGUCCCCUGCUAACAGACCAAAACAGGAUCCUCAAUGCCAAAAUUCCUCCCAUAAACGAAUGCAAAAGUUUGCCUGUUUUUGCAACAGAGGACUUGAUGCUAAAGACUCUUGAGAGCGGGCUGUGUCCUAGCUCCUUUUCUAAUGCUGUAGCAGCUGCACAAAACUUUGCAGGUAGCAGUUCACGAGUUUCGGUUAUAAGCGGUCCCCAAAAUUCAGGAUCAAGUGACUUGAAUAAGAAGGGAACCAGUGCUUCGAAGAGGAAGAGAAAAGCAACAGCGCCCUUGCUCACGCCCAGUACACCACAAAAAGUAGCAGUAAAUAACGUCCCGAUGGUGGGACUCAUGAUGAAAAGCACUGAAGGAAACAGGCAAAUCCAGGGAGAAAGUUUUCAGGCCAACUUGCUGGCAAAUUGUGGCUCUCAAGCCAUGGUGGAGAACCUCACGCAGAAACUCAAUAAUGUUGACAAUCAGUUACUUAUGGCCAGUAUCAAAGAGAACUUCAAAACAAAUCUGGAGCCUCACACGAUGCUACCCCCUUUGACAGUAAAAACUGAAAACGGGGAUUCCCAGAUGAUGCCUGUAACUCCUUGUGUGCAGCCAAAUGGGGAGGAACGGCUCUCAGAAGACAAUGUCAUGCAGAACUUUGAAAAAACUCUGGAAAUAAUUAAAACUGCUAUGAAUUCACAGAUACUUGAAGUGAAAGCUGAAAUUCAGGAUACCAUCGCUGCUGCAGGACAGGCCUUGCAAGUUAAUAGCACUCAGGCUUCCUUGGGAAGCUCUACCCACAGUGUGAGAGUCCCCGUUCCUACGCAGUUUGCUGUGCAUGCAGGGAGCGUCACUGCUGCAAAGAGCUCUGCUCAGCCUGAACCAUCUCAAAAAGAUGAUACUCAAAUAUUGGAAAUUUUGGAGGGCUUGCAAAAACUGAAGCUAGAAAGCGAUCCGCCCAUUCAGGUUCCUGAGACCAUUUCUCAUUAUCCUCCGACGGUUAGGCUAGCACCAGCAAUUCCUGUCCUAUCAGCUGAAAACAGACUCCUGGGCCAGAUGUCUUCAGAGGCAAAAAACAUUCAGUUUAGCGACAAAGUGAAUAAGCCUUUUGUCUGUCAGAAUCCAGGCUGCAGCUAUAGCGCUAUGACCAAGGACGCCUUGUUUAAACACUAUGGCAAGAUUCACCAGUACACGGCGGAAAUGAUACUGGAGAUCAAGAAGCAUCAGCUGAAGUUUGCUCCUUUCAAAUGCGUUGUAACUACCUGUCCCAAAACGUUCACCAGAAACUCUAACCUGCGGGCACACUGCCAGCUCGUGCACCACUUCACCACAGAGGAGAUGGUGAAAUUGAAAAUUAAAAGGCCUUAUGGCAGGAGGCCUCAAAAUGAAGUCAUAAACGUCACCCCACAACCUGUUGAAAUAAAACCUUUGCAGACACUACUCCUAGAAAACAAAACCACAGCUCCGUUGGUGAGUGAAGCUCAGGUAAAAGAAGUUGUAGAGCCUGUCUUGGAAAAAAUUCUGCCUGACAAUAACAUUCCUGAAAGACUGGAAAAGUCUCCUCAGGUGGUUUUUGUUCCACCAGAGCAGCAGAACGCAGCUUCUCUUGGUAAUGCAGAGGAUGAAUCCAAAGCACACAAGGUUAGGAAAUACAGGAAGGAAAAAGAGGAGAGGAAACGUAGGAAGCCCAUAACAAAAUCUCUGGAGUUCCCCCCUCGGUACAGCCCUUACAGACCUUACCGCUGUGUCCAUCAGGGCUGCUUUGCGGCUUUUACGAUACAGCAAAACCUAAUCCUCCAUUACCAAGCCGUGCACAAAUCAGACCUCCCUGCCUUUUCUACUGAAGUGGAGGAGGAGAGCGAGCCAGGCAAAGACGAACAAGAAGAGGUAGAAACCAAACCCUCCGUCAGAGAGUUCAGGUGCGAGGUGAACGACUGCUCUCGCAUCUUCCAGGAAGUUACCAGCUUGAUACAGCAUUACAUGAAGCUCCAUAACAUGUCCGCGGAGCAGAUUGGAAACAUGAAAUCGGCGCCAGAAGUGGGAAGGUUUUUCUGUGAUCAGCCUCAGUGCAAGUCUGCUUUCACGACGCCUGUGAGCUACGCAGCGCAUCUCGAGGCGGAUCACAGCGUCAAGGCAAAGCCCACCAAAGUAGAAGAUGAUGGCGUCUUCAGGUGCGACUGCGAAGGCUGCGACCGGAUUUAUGCUACUAGGUCUAACCUCCUGAGGCAUAUUUUUAACAAGCAUAAUGACAAACAUAAAGAUCAUCUUAUAAGACCCAGGAGACUGACAACUGGGCAGGAAAACAUUUCCAGCAAAGCAAAUCAGGAGAAACCACUCAAGUCCAGACAGAGAGGGCUGAAAAACAGAUCGGGAAAAGAAGGUAACAGGCUGUCGAUGAAAACAAAGCGGAAGAGAAACACGGGCUUGGAACCCAGAAACUCCAAAGCCAUGCAGGUUCCAGACAACAAGGCUUACUCUCUGAAGCGCGGCAAGCACGUGUACUCCAUCAAGGCCAGGAACGACGCCUUGUCGGAGUGCACCAGCAGGUUCAUCACUCAGUAUCCUUGCAUGAUCAAAGGAUGUUCCUCUGUAGUUACCAGUGAAAGCAACAUCAUAAGGCAUUACAAAUGUCACAAACUGUCCAAAGCAUUCACUUCCCAACACAGGAAUCUCCUCAUUGUCUCCAAAAAGCACUCUGUCCCCCAAGAGAAGGAAGCCUCUUGCGAGCAGGAGGAGGGUGACAAAAAGGGCGAUGCGAAAGAGCCCGACCCAAGCUUGACAGCGAGCAAUAACGACACAAGCACACCUACGCCGCCACAGAAGGAAGCUGAAAACGGCGAGAAGGAUGAGGUGGAUGAACUGACAGAGCUGUUCAUUACUAAACUGAUCAAUGAGGAUUGUUCGAGUGCUGAAAAUCCACCCAAAAUUUCUUCCAGUGUAAAUAGUGACUUACAGGAGGCCAGCUCCUGCCCCUUAGAAAAGCAAAAACCAAACAACUUGAAAAGAGCAAACAAAGAGAAAAACCUCUCUCAGAAUAAGAGGAGGAGAGCUGAAAAAGCAGAGGAAGCGCUGCCUGCUGAGCUGAGUGGUGUGCACAGGGAGGAGGAGACUGCCGUGGCCAUCCAAACAGCCGAGGAGCAGCCUGCCCCUUUCGACUGGAGCUCCUUUAAGCCGAUGGGUUUUGAAGUGUCAUUCCUCAAGUUCCUCGAAGAGUCUGCCGUGAAGCAAAAGAAAAACAACGAAAGAGACUACCACAGCAGCACAACCAAAAAAGGAUCCCACGCCAACUCCCGGAAACCCAGCGAGAAAACCCCCCCGGUAGCACCUAAUAACACCUCCUGGCCCUGCUCCGACACCGAAACCCUCGUGCCCUUCGCCAACCCCUCGCAGCUCCCCUGCGCUGAUAACGUCAAGAUCGUUUUAGACAAGACCUUCAGAGACUGCAGCGAGCGAGCGCUGAAGCAGCUUCAGGAGAUGAAACCCAUCGUCAGCUUGAGGAAGCUGGAAGGGCACUGGGAGGAUAAUCCAGAGGUGACAGCUGCAAGACUUACCGUGGUGGGUACCAAGGAGAGGGAGAAAAAAUACUGAGCGCCUGAUACGCUGUUAACUGUGACCUUGAAUACAACCGAUUUUGACUAGGAAGCCAUCAAGCAUGCUGGUAUCUGUGGAGCUCUUUUUGAUUUCAAAGUGGUCGAAUCUAGACAAAAAAAGAAACAAAAAUCAAGAAAAGAAAAAAAAAAAACCAUGACAGGAGUCAUGGAAAUGUCUUAUUUGUUUUUAUCCCUAUGGGACUUGAAGAACAGAGGAAUUGCUUCAGUUCUGUAAAUAACUCAGAUCGAAAAACAAACCUCAACUUUCUAUGGGACUGUUCCUUUCCAUGAACUGAAUCUUUGUGAGUUGUCUGUGAUUGGUAAUCUUUCACCAGGUCACUGCUCAUGUAUAACAGUUCUCUUUCUUUGUAGAUACGGGUUUUGGGUUUUUUUGGGGGAGUGGAGGGGGGGAGGUCGAGGGUUUGGGUUCCUUUUGGUUUUGUAUAUAUUUAUUAUUGUAAAUCAUUUGCUGCCACCAGCAGUCUGUAAGUCUAAACUAUUAAAUAGACACAUUUCUAUUGGGAACUUUAAUUUGUUAACUCAGCGAGCCAACUUUUUCACACUCUGUCCUUGAAAAUCCUUUUCAGUUAAGAACUUUUAAACUAAACACCAAAACCAAACUAGCUGAAGUCUGCCCAAAUCCAGUUUUAUUCUUGCCUAAAACAUUUCUUGAGAGGAGAGGAGCUGGAUAAGAUAUCAUGGACUAAAACCUACUGACCCACACUCACAUUUGUACAUUGAGAACAUCCUGAAGUCUGCCCAAAUCCAGUUUUAUUCUUGUUUGCCCAAAUCCAGUUCUACUCUUGCCUAAAGCAUUUCUUAGCAGGAAAGGAGCUGGAUAAGGUUUCAUAGACUAAAACCUACUGAGCCACACUCAUUUUUCUACGUUGGGAACGUCCUGAAGUCUGCACAUAUCCAGUUUUAUUCUUGUCUGCCCAAAUCCAGUUUUAUUCUUGUCUGCCCAAAUCCAGUUUUAUUCUUGUCUGCCCAAAUCCAGUUUUAUUCUUGUCUGCCCAAAUCCAGUUUUAUUCUUGUCUGCCCAAAUCCAGUUUUAUUCUUGCUUAAAACAUUUCUUGACAGGAGAGGAGCUGGAUAAGAUCACAUUUCAUAGACUAAAACCUACUGACCCACACUCAUGUUUGUACAUUUGGAACAUCUUGAAGUCUACCUAAAUCCAGUUUUGCUCUUGCCUAAAGCAUUUCUUUACAAGAGAGGAGCUGGAUAAAAUUUUAUAGACUAAAACCUUCUGACCCACACUCAUGUUUGUACAUUUGGAACAUCUUGAAGUCUGCCCAAAUCCAGUUUUAUUCUUGCCUAAAACAUUUCUUGAGAGGAGAGGAGCUGGAUAAGAUAUCAUAGACAAAAACCUACUGACCCAUGCUCAUUUUUGUACAUUGGGAACAUCCUGAAGUCUGCCCAUAUCCAGUGUAAUCCAUCUCUGCCCAUAUCCAGUUUUAUUACUGCCUAAAACAUUUCUUGAGAGGAGAGGAUCUGGAUAAGGUCACAUUUCAUAGACUAAAACCUGACCUGUGCUCGUUUUUGUACAUUGGGAACAUCCUGAAGUCUGCCCAUAUCCAGUGUUAUCCUUAUCUGCCCAUAUCCAGUUUUAAUCUUGCCUACAACAUUUCUUGUGAGGAGAGGAGCUGGAUAAGAUUUCAUAGACCAAAACCUACUGCCCCACACUCAUAUUUGUACACUGGGAACAUCCUGAAGUCUGCCCAAAUCCAGUUUUAAUCUUCCCUACAUUUCUUAGCAGGAGAGGAGCUGGAUAAGAUUUCAUAGACUAAAACCUACUGCCCCACGCUGCUGUUUGUACAUUGGGAACAUCCAAGCUCUCUAGAUGAUAUUAUUCUGUAGUUAACUCAUAACUACAAUCAUUUUCUUAUAGCUACAUUAUUUUUUGGGGGGUGUGUGUUUCAUAGCUUUGAAUUGGACACAAAGCAUUUCAGAUUCCAUAAUUGAAAGGAAAUAACGAACCUAGUUUGCUACAUGGGAGGUUUAAAAGCGCUCUUUGGUAUUAAAAGAACCCAUUUGUGAAUGUGAUAGACAUUUAGUAGUGUUGGAGCAGUGUAUAUAUUUGAGGUGGUGAUUUGUGAAGUAGCCCAGUAUUGCCUUAAAUAAAAAUCACAUUUCAUUUCUUGUUUUACACAUGUGAUCUUAUACAAAAAGGUUAUUUUUUGUUUGUUUGUUUCUUCCUUUCUUUUGUUGGUUGGUUGAUUUGUUUCAUUUUUGUAACUUAGAUUUUGGUCUAGAGGUUUAAUUUUUGUUUAAAAAGGCAAAGCAAAACACAAAACUACUUCAGAAACCUUUCCUUUCUUUUUUUUUUUGUUGUUGUUGUUGCUGUUGUUGUUUCUUUGUUCCUUUGUUUUGUAAAUAGUGGGUUUAUAAAGCAGAUGGUUUAUUUUGAUAAUACCAGUUUGGUAUCUAUCUCUUUAAAAAAAGACAAACCCUGUGUGAGUCCUGAUGCCAUACCCUGACAAACUGAAUAAAAGAAGGCACUUUCUGAAA